AUGCCACUCAAUGCCACCAAAGUUACCAACUUUGGCUUCUUUCGCGAAUGUCUCUCCGAGUCUGUUCUUCGUUAUCUAGCUCCUCAACCCGAGAAGCAGAAGAAGAAGAAGAGAAAGGAGAGGAGGAAAAGCGGGAGUAAAACGGUAAGCUUGAGCGCCUUGAGUCAAGCGAGUAACGAUACUGCGGAGGAUGUGAUUAAGAAAAGAACCGAGAAUGGGUCCUGGGUCGAUAUACCUAGAAGCAGAAACAUCCUCGACGGUCAUCUAAGCAACCAUGAUGAUAAAAGCGAGCAAGACACGGACGCGAAAGACGUUAGUGAAGCUGAAGAGUUGAGCGAGUUCAUUGAUUUCCUAGCCCAUGGCAUCUUCUCAGACCUGCCUGCUGACUUACGCUCUCUGACACAUCGUUCAUUCGAGGCAUCGAAAAGCCUACAGGCACGAUACGCUACUCCACUGUCUUCAGACACUGUCAACAGAUUAGUCGCUCCCUUGCCCACGCUCUACGUCGAGACCAUCUCGACGUUUCUGCCCUCACUUGUGGCUUCCGAUCCAACGUUCUUCGAGGCAUUCUUGUCACCCGUUCUGACGUCCUAUGUGGAGGGGGCUAUCGCUGCUCCACCCCCACCAUCAUCCACGAAAGAUACAGCCGAUUGUUGUGAAAUUUGUCUGCGAGAGCACAUGCCACUAACAUACCAUCACCUCAUCCCCAAAUCAGUACACGACAAGGUGAUAAAAAGGGGCUGGCAUGAGGCACGGCAGUUGAACGACGUAGCUUGGCUAUGUAGGCAGUGUCAUAGCUUUGUUCAUCGAAUUGCUGGCAAUGAGGAACUGGCAAGAGAGUGGUACACAGUCGAAAAGCUGCUAGAACGGGAGGAUGUACAGAGAUGGGCAAGAUGGUGUGGAGGUAUUAGAUGGAAGAAGAAGUGACACGUGUAGCGCAUGUAUCGAUAUACAAAAUACGUCCGAAGAGAGCCAUCCAUCUAGAUAGCCCAAACCAUUUACAUGGUAUAACCAAAUGACAGCAACGCUCUUGAGAUC